UAGUAUCUUGAGAUCUUAAAAAUUACAUGGAAAAACAACUAGAAGAGAAAGAAAAAUGCUCAGGAAAAUUAGAUUUGAGUGCUCCUCUCUUGUCAACUAGGCGUGCUAGUGAAAAGCCAUUGUCUAGCUCAAAUAUCCCACCUCAACUUUCAUUGGAAAUUUUUAACAGAGUGCCAUUUUCUUGGGAGCAAAGUCCUGGAAAACCAAAAGAAAUGUUAACAAACAUUGAAAUUGUACCACCUCCAAAAUUACCACCAUGCAUGUGGCAUACAAGAAAAGAAGCUAUAACAAGUACUAAAGUCUACGAUGAGGUCUAUAUUGACAACGAUGAUCAUGACGAUGAUAACGAUGUUAGAAAUGACAACCAUGAUGUUUUCUCAGAUGCUCUUGAUGUUUUUUCAUUAGGGGAGUCGAUAGACGACAUGAUUGAAACAGAACAUAGAAAAUCAAAUACUUCAACAAAUAUGGAGGUAGUCGAGGAGUCGUACGAUUGGAGUACUAAUAAUAGGCCAUCGGUACCAAAUUUCAUUAUUCAGAGAUUUCUUCAAGAUGCAAAGGAACUAGCUAUUUCAUCUGCUUUGGAAAAUAAUAGGAAGAAUUUAUUAGAAGAUGAAGAAAUUGGUAGUAACAAAUUGCCCAAGGCAGCAUCAUGUGGGCUUGACAUGUUUUUUCCAUGGAGGAUUAAGCCUAAGCCCUGUUGUGUGAAGAAUUCAGUAGUGGCAGUUUCUCCAAGAAUGAGACCUCAAUGGAGCAACAGAGACAAGCAUGCAUCACAUGCCGAUCCAAAAUUUUAAUCGUACAUGUAUUAGAGGAGAAUUCAAGAUUUAGAGUCAAUAUGUUCAAAAUGGUCGUGAUUUGUUAUGUAUUUAUAUUUUAACUUUUUUGGAUAUCUAUAAGUGACUCGAGCUGAAAGUAGCGGAUUCAAUUGAACUCACCCGAGAUUUGCCUAUAACGUGUAGGAGCUCCAUCGAUGAAUCAUUCCUUCUUUUGUAAGUACUACCGUACCACUACGUCUUUUAUGACAAUGUAUCGACUAAAUAUAAAUAUGAAGUACUAUUUUCGCA